UUAGAAAAAAAAUCUAUGUCUAAUACUGCAUCCUCUUCUUCCUCCUCAGCCCUCACUCCCGUCCCGAUCCCCUUUUAUCCUCUCCCAAACCCUACUACAAAUCGAGUAAGAUCGAGCAAGGACACUCCGUCAAUGUCGAUAGGGAUGGAACCACCGGCUGGCCACCUCGCCGCUGAAUCCUCCCCUCCUGUGACUGUGAUGAGCCGGCGGCGCUCUGUGGAUGGGCUCCUCCUCCUCCUCCCCAGGCCAUACCGAGUCUGCUCCUGUCCGGUUAGUGCUCCUUCUCCCCCCCUUCCCGGAACCGGAGCAGAUCUCGGAGAAGCAAACAGGUCCCAUCUUUCCUCCGCAAACAACAGCAAAAAGUCGGAAUCUUUUCCGGAGUUGAUCCAUGUUCUGAUUCCACAAGCCCCAGGCAAUCAACCUCUGUUGAUUUCCUUUGCCUACUCGGAUCUGCCUCACCUAUUCGAAUCAGGGGUGAAGCAGCCUCGGUUGGUCACCUAUAAAUAUAGCCACAAGUCUCUUCCUGCUCCACCCAAGUUGCUAUUUUGCAAGCAUUGCAGCAGAAGCAGUUCGUCUUCCAUGACAUACUAUAAUCCCAUGGAAGACCCUAGUAGUGUAGACACGAUAUUCAACUUCUGGGGGCUCCCUAUACACACCACAAAUUUGGAUUUGCGCUCCCUGGUCUUCCGAGUUUUACCUCAGCUGCUGGGUCUCUCUCCUCCCAGCUCACUGAAUAUUCUCAAGACACCACCACUACUGAUAGAGGCUACACUCCCGGAGCUACCAGAGGACAUCUUGAUGCGCAUCUUUGCCACCCUUGAGAUCCCUGACCUCAUACGUGCCGGCGCCGUCUGCACCUUUUGGCGCUCUGCCUACACCUCCCUGCGCACACUCGGCAAGCACAAGCAGCCCCAGACGCCGUGCCUAUUCUACACCUCUGAAUCUUCCAGCGACAAUGUUGCGAGUCUCUACAGCCUCGUGGAGAAGAGGGUUUACAGCCUGACUCUCCCGGAGCCGCCUCUCCACACUAGGUUUCUGAUUGGGUCCUCUCUCGGCUUGCUGGUCACCGUCGAUGAGAGAUCUGAAAUGCACCUCGUCAAUCCGAUCACUGGUCAACAGAUUGCUCUUCCUUCAGUGACCACGAUGCAGCAUGUGAAGCCCAUUUGUGAUGACUCGGGUGCUGUCCACAAGUAUGCAUACUCAAAGCACACGGCAAAGCAAGUUAUCUGCCCUCCAAUGAUAAUUGCUCCAGCUGCCCUGCGGGAAUUCUUCCAUCAGAAGGCUCUUUUGUUUUAUGAUACACCCACAGGGAGCUACAUAGUGGUGCUCAUCCACUUGCCGUUUGGUCAGCUAUCCUUUGCAAGGGUAGGGGACGAUAAGUGGACCUGGCUGCCACCUCACACUGAUUAUUUUGACUGCACCUACAAGGAUGGGCUACUGUAUGCAGCGACUCUAUUGGGAGAAGUUCACACCUUUGAUCUUAGUGGGCCUGCUGUUACAAUGAACACUAUUAUGGGUGUGGAUGAUGACGAUUUAGAAAUUCAGGGAGCAUACAUUCUUGAAGCUCCAUGGGGUGGUUUGCUGCUUGUUUGGAGGUUGAAAGUGUAUAGUGGUUAUCAGGAUGAUAUUUCAUCACUUAAGCUGCACACCAAGGGAAUUAAAAUACAUGAAGUUGAUGUUGCUGCCAAGAAGCUUGUGGAAAUUGAUUGCUUGCACGGCCAUGUGCUGUUCCUUGGUCAUAACCAGUCACUCUGUCUCAGCACUAAAGAAUGCCCUGCUCUCAAGGAAAAUCGUCUCUACUUUACUGACGAUGAUGAGUACAUAACUGUGCAUAAGGAUAAUCGUCGCGAUUUAGGGCUACUUCGCUUGGAUAAUAAUAGCUGGGAAAGCCUUGUGUUUCCUCAGCUUUGGUCCAACUGGCCUGCUCCUGUGUGGAUUACACCCAAUCUUACAAUGAUGAAACUGUCGUUGAAUAAAUAGUACUGGUUCAAGAAGGCUUAAUAAGACGCUCGCCUAGGCGCAUGUAGGCGAGCUGGAGUGCAACGGCAUUGCGUAGGCCCUAAGCCGCGAAGGACUAUGUCCAGGAGGAGAAGGUUGUUUUCCAACGACACAAAGACAAAGGGUUGAUGAUUCAGGAAGCCGUGUGACGGCAUCAUGUUGUCAAGUUAUCAGUUAUCAAGUGUUUAGGUUUCAAUAACGUGUCUGUUUUAUUAUGUGUGGUACUCUGUAACUUAAUAAAUGUCUUGUGGCUGAUGUGUGUGUGUGGCUGUGUCUCAUUUAUGACUUGAGAGAAGUCAGGGAAAUAAGAACUUUGUUAUUCUCUA